AUGUCUACUAAUGAAGCGAUUGAAGUAAUAUGCAUCUAGGUAGAAUCAUUAGUUCUCAACUGUAACAAGCAAGCCAUGGAACUUCUACGUCAAGACAACUAUAACGAAGCUUUAUUACUGCUCCGAAAAGCCGAAAGUUUGCUUUCACAUCCUGAAAAUCUAAAAGAUGCAAAUAACAAACUCCAUGCAAUCACUUACAACAACAUCGGCUGCUUCUAUAAAAAAGCUGGAAAGGCCCAGCUUGCUCUUCAAUAUUUACAAAGAGCCUUAGAAGUCAGCAAAAACUUCCCCUCAGAGUACACAAACCUUGCAGGGACACAUUUAAAUAUAUGUGCAAUUGUUUCACAAAUGGGAGACCAUGAGACUGGGGUUUCGCAUGCUAUAAAAGCGUUGCAGCUUUUAAAAAAAUCAUAUGACGAGGAUGGGUCUCAAAACACCAUUUCUACGCUGAUAAUUGCACUGCAUAAUACAGGGGUAGAGUAUGAGUUUUUAGGGGAACUAAAAAAGGCUGAAGAAACUUAUAAAUGCGGGAUGGAUUUGGCUAAUAAGCAUCUUGGGAAAAAUCAUCAAUUAGCCCUGACUCUGACAAAAAAUUAUACACUUUUGCAAAGAAAUAGGGAAAUUAUUAAGCCACAGUUAACAAAAAAACUGUAUUUUGAAAAAUUGUCGUCUGGAUACUCAAGAACAAGGAACUCAAUGGAGCCUCAGCAUUCUUCAGCUAAUGAAAGAACUUUACCGAAAAUAAGAACAACGAGUGGAAGGGCGAGAAAAGGAAGAAAGGCAAAUAAAAGUGUGGGAGAGCCUAAACGGAAUGACUCUAACAAGAUGAAGUUUAUGGAAUUUCUACCUACUACUGUAAACCAGCCGAAAAAAUUCCAAAGAAAUCUCCUUAAAACAGCACCUGAGUCCCAAGUUAAAAAGCCUCAAUUUUCGCCUAUAACUGAUAAGCCGACAACAAGCUUUACAAAGCCAAAACAUCUUUCAAUAAAAGAAGAUAAAGCUAUAAGCCAUAUAGAAAAUAGAAUAGAAACACUGAGGAGCCAACUUGAUGAUUUCGAAAAUAAAUAUAAAGAGCUUGAAAAGAAUGCUUCAAAAAAGCCACUGUCAAAGCUUGAUAGACAAGCUUUAACCCCUUCUCCGCCUCUAUUAAACCGUUCAUUAGGCCCAAUAAAGCCAGUAUCUCCACCUUCGAAAAAUAAUUAUUCCCAUAUAAUCACUAUACAAAAGCACUGGAGAGGUUAUAAAGCAAGAAAGGACUUUAAAAUUCAGAAGAGGCUUGAAGCCCAAGAAAAAGCUAAAGCGGCCAUCGAAGAGUUAGAAAUUCUAAAGAAAAGAGCUAUGGAUGAUAAUUUAUAUCAAGAUUUAGAAGAGCAUGUAAGACCAAAAUCAUCUGCUUUUCCCAUUAAAAAACCAGAAGAAAAAGUGCGCCCAAAAACCAACUCCUCAGCAUACCCGCCUCCAAAUGUAAAUUUUAGACCUUUAAAAAGUGCUCAAAAAACGUUAAAAUUCCAAUUGGACCCCAUUCCUGAAUCCAGGAUUGAAACUAAAACUGACCGUGCAAUUUUGAUACAAUCUCACAUAAGGAGAUUUAUUAGCCAAAAAAAAUAUAAAAAAAUGAAAAACGCUGCCAUGAAAAUACAGAAAAAUAUAAGGAGACAUCAGUGCAAAAGUUUAUAUCAAGAUAUUCUAUCUGCUGUGCUAUUUAUACAAGCGUUUUGGAGAGGGCACUUGGUGAGAAAAAAAUAUUUGAAGAAAGAGAAGCAUAAUUAA